AUGUGGGAUUCAACUGAAGCAAUUUCAUUGGAGAAGUCCACUGUGUGGGAGACAGAUGGUAAAACUUUUGAGAUCUGGAUUUGUCCGUUGGUGUAUUCACUUAUUGUGUACUGCAAUGACAUUAUCCUAAGGUUGUGUCAAGAUAUUAUAUUGUUUAAAGGUGAAGUUGCAGAGCUUCUUUUGCCAAGUAUUUUUGUCAAUAUAUCUGCAAGGAAGGAUCUGGAGAUCGAUCUUCACAAAUUAAUCUGUCUGCAGUUGAAGGAGCAUAUAUUUGUAGAGUCGAAUAAGUUGAUGAAAUCCAUUCAAGUGGUUUUGAAUUGUCUUAAUGAACUUCGAAUUCGUCAUGUCAUGGAGAGAUCUUCAUUUGUGCCGUCAAGGCGUGAUGUGUCAAAGGUGAUUAAACUGAUUUGA